UUCUAUCUAUUCACUUAUACAUAGCUAUUAGAGAGUUCAAAAACUGUCAACUAUGAUUUCAUUCAUAAAACAACAUUGGACAUAAUAAUCCAGACAAACAAUCGUAACAACAAUGUGAUGCUGUACAGGUUAGAUCUAGUUUCAUGUUUCCCUUGAACUCGAUUCCUUCCAUCCACUUACUCACUCAUAGUUAUAGUCGUCCCCUACAGGUUGAGGCAGCCAGGUCGAUCUUCUUUUUUUUUUGGCUUUAUAACUAAUAACCCGGCUGUAACUACCAAAAAUGAGUUCACAUAUGAACUCGUAUGAGACCGAGCCUCGUACGAAUGUAACCGCUCCCAAAACCAUACAAAUAGCGAGGGCCAGCUAUUUCUUUCAAAAGUAUAAAGACUCUCUUAAUAGGUUUGAGUUAUUACAGUCAGAAUAUGAGCGUAACAAAGCUUUUUUUGACAAGAAUCCUGGUAUGGCAGUACCGAUUCGUGAAAAACUGAGAAAAGCGGAAGAAAAGAUGCGGGAAAACCAAUCAUACCUAGACGAAAUAUCGCGUACAACUGAACCACUUUUCUCAAGCAAUGGAUCACAAUCGGUUCCUGCACCGUCAGCUUCAGUUAGUGCCUCGGACAAUUUCGCUUCUAAAGCCUUAAUAAGAGCAGAAAUAAAACAGGUCAAGGAGCAGCUACAAAACGAAAUGAAUUCUCAGAUAUCCUCGAUACAUUCUAGGUAUUCAGAGGACCUAAAAAAAAUACGUCUAGAAUAUGAAAAUUCUUUACAGCAAUUUCGCAGUAAACUUGCUGGACAGUUGGACGAGGAACUCAAAAAGAAGGAUAUAGUCAUUGCUGAACUCAAAGAGCUAAUCAGUCGUAUACCACAUGAGGAAAUGAAGUUACAGAUACAACAGCUUCAGAAAAACUCAGAUACAGCUGAGGAAAGAUACCGCCAAGCUAGCCAGGCAUUCUCGGCUCUAGAUGAUCGGCUACAAAAGGCAAUUUCUGAGCAUCAACAAAUACAACAAGCGACACAAGCAUCUUCAAUAAAUAACUCUGCUACUGCAAAUUCUCAUCAAGAGGCUGUUAUGAAGCUUUCUGUUGCGCAAAAUCAGCUUGUCGAAAAAGUCCAUGGAAUAGGCAAUGCCAUGGGAAUUAUCAACGGUAAAGUUGAAGAAAUUGCAAAGGCAACAAGCUCUUAUGUAAAAAAGGACUUCUACUCGUCACAAAUGCAGUUUUUGAAUCAGGAAAAAGAUGAGAUAAGACUUUUUGCCCAAAGCGUAAACUCAAAGAUCACUAAAUUAGAUGAAAAUACCACAAAGGCCUUUAACAAAUUAGAACAAGAAGUGAAAACGAUGAAGCAGAAGAAGGACGACUCCGGCAAUCAAUAUAGUUGUCUCGAGAGCCGAAUGCGUGCAACAGACACGUACUUCCAUGAAAAGCUCCGUGUAUAUGACAACCGAAUCCAGGCCGCGAUAAAGUUGAUGUUUCACAUAAUUAAAACAGUGCCUGUUAGCAAAUCAAAAGGACUCGUUGCUAUAAGCGAUACCAAAACCGACAUACCACCGGCCGUUACUGUUUUAAUUAGUGAAUUUGAUCAUAUAAAGCCUCAGAUUAUCAGCAUCACGAAAUCUGUCGAGAAUGUUAAAGAAGCUACAAAAGAUCUUUUUCUGCGGAACACCGCUUUUCAAAACUCUCUUGCUGGUUUACAACAAUCAUUUACUAAUUUCGUUAAUCAGGAGAAUGCAGGUCGUUCAAACUUAGUGCAAACGAUAAAUAGAAUUAGUCGGGAUUUUUAUGCUUUCCGAAAUCAGUUAUAUCUUCGGUCGCAUAAUAACACGUCUACUUUUUAAAGACUUAUAACUGUUGUAUAUUGGUAAUUACUAUACCAUCUUAUAUUUAAUUAGAUUUGUUACCUCA